AUACCGAAGCAGUUGACAUAUGUAAACCACUUGCGUGCUAGUCAAAUUACAGUAGGCAGGCCAGCUUCUAUUGGAAUUGGUGUCAAAUAGAUCAGCCCACAAGCUCUUGGACACCGCCGAGGUGGGUGCAUCGGAUGCGGAGCAUUCAUGCAUGAGAAACAUGAGGCUGUACGAUCACUUUUUGAGCGCUUAUCAUGAUCUGUAGGGUUGAACAACCCUGAGAUGACUGGGCUGCUGUGUGUGUCAGGACGUCCUACUUUGACCCUUCUCAGAAAUGGUGCUCGGACCUCUUGGGCGACUGCAUCGCGACAUAGUCUCGCAAAAAACACUGAACGCUCGGGAGCCAGAGUUUUUCUACGCCUUCAUGCUCCUAGUCGUUUCUGCUCGGCCUCAGCGAGUGGUUCACCGGAGGAAAGCGCGGCUGAAGCCAUGCCUGCAGAGUUGAAUACGGCGUUGACUAUUCUAGAAAGAGGCGUUCCCGAGUCUAUGGUGCACACGGGCCGGACUCUUAUUCUUUGCUUCGAUGGCACGUCGGGCUACUAUCACGGCAGGAACACCAACGUCGUCCGGCUCUUCUCAUGUCUGGAGAAGCGGGAAUCGCAACAACUUGUGUAUUAUCAGACAGGGAUCGGGACUUCGACCAGAUCCCGUUUUGGGAUACGUUUUAGUUCAUGGAUAUCGAAGAUGAUUGAUCAAGGCAUUGCUUGGCAUCUCGAAGACAACGUCUGCAGUGGAUAUCACUUUCUCCAAGUGAAUUGGCGCCCGGGGGAUAAGAUUUGUGUUUUCGGUUUCUCACGAGGUGCCUACAUAGCUCGAGCUUUAGCCGGCAUGAUACAAACGGUUGGACUGCUACCUGAGACGGUCCCGGAGCAGGUGGAAUUCGCCUAUAAAUUGUACAAAACCCUUGGACGAGGAGGGUCAACAAGCAACCAUAUAAGCCGGGACUAUAAACGUGACUUCUCCCGUCAUGUUGUCAUAGAUUUUUUAGGAGUUUGGGAUACUGUCGGUUCUGCUGGCCUUGUCUUUCCACAGUCUCUCCCUUUCUCACGAACAUCUCACACUAUUAAAGUGUUUCGUCAAGCAUUGGCGCUCGAUGAGCGCAGAGUCAGGUUCAUCCCCUCUACAUGGGCACUUUCGGUCGAGGAACGGACUUUAGCGAAUGGUUCCUGGAGGACGACAAAGUUACCAGCCGAUUUUGCUGCUCCCAACUACACAACAUUCGAGAACCUGCGACAUUGGGUCUUGGGGAUGUUGAACUUACCCUUCGAGUUACUUUAUUCCAGCCUCGUCCGCUGGCUCCCGGAACCGCUCAAGAACAUGCGACCAAAUAGCCAACCCAAGGAAGAGAGCAAAGCGCAAAGAUGUCUGAUCCCUGCUGGCAGUACGUCUCAGAAAUGGUCCCCGCCAGAUGUGAAGGAAGUUUGGUUUGCUGGUGGACAUGCCGACGUCGGGGGUGGCAACUCAAGAGACACAGUGAGAGUGGAUGGUGGGAGUAUUGCAUUCCCCGCUCUUGCUUAUGUGCCUGCCCUUUCAAAUAUCUCGUUGCGGUGGAUGAUUCAUGAGCUCUAUGAGGCAGAUAAGAGAUACAAUUUGAACAUUCGAUGGCGCCCUGUACAACUUGCCAGAUUUGGAAUAUCUCUACCUCAACUGCCCUUGACGAACAAUGAAUAUGCUGGUUGUUCCACGUCACCAAAGACUCAUUCGAACGGAUCGACUCCAACGCUACGUCCAGGUAUUCCCGCCCCUCCGACGCAGGAACCGGUGACCGUUCACUAUAUCCCAACGCCUGAGGCAGCGAACAUGCGCCGGAACGAUCCUCGUCGAGCGGAAUUCACGAGGUGCCUCAAAUAUGAGUCGGGUGUCUUGAUUGAUCUCAAAUAUUACGAGGCGGACCUUUCAGCUCCCAUCACCGAUCAGCUAUGGAUGUGGGAACGAAUUUGGAAAUGGGGUAUGCAGGAGAUGAGGGAUCAUCCUAAUCCGUAUUGGCGGAUAGAGUGGGCGACGGCCAGUGCAACCACUCUGUUGACUAUGAUGCUCUGGUGGUUCCUCGAGCUUUGGCCGUAUGUGAAGGGGGUCCGGAAUGGGACUAGAUAUUUCUGGCAGUCAAGAUUUGAAAUGGGCAUUAAUAUGUUUCGAGGCCGUCAAAUACCGCAGUUCGAAUCGGUAGUUCUUCCUCAGGGUGCGUCUAGGCAUUGGAAGGAGUUUGUUGAAGAUCGGAGGAAAGUUCAAGUGCACAGCUCUGUCCUUCAACGUGUAAGGCGCAAGGACUUGGGCUAUCGGCCUCGUCCCUGGCCUAAAGAGUGGAAGAAGAAAGGGAGCCCUGACGAAACUUGGAAGGUUGCACAUUAAGCGAGCGAGUUCGGUGGCACUCAUUCUAGACAUUGAUUGAGGAGUAAUUGUACUCAUAGGACCUCUUUGUCCGAUGCGCAUAACCAAU